AUGCGUUGUCUCCGGCUAGUGGAGGAGCAGAAUCCCCCUCGGCGAGCUGCUCAGGCUGCUGGAGUUGUAGCCAAAGAUACGCGCUACAACGGCUUCCACUUCUGCGGCGGCUCCCUGAUCAGCGAGAACUGGGUGGUCACCGCUGCCCACUGCGGCGUCAGGAAAACCGAUACCGUGGUGGUGGGCGCCUACGACCAGGACGCACCCGGCCCUGACCAGCAGAAGCUGACGAUCGAGAAGGUCUUCAAGAACCCCAAGUUCAACAUGCUGACCAUCCACGACGACAUCACCCUGAUCAAACUGGCCACUCCGGCACAGCUGUCGGAUCGCGUGUCGCCCGUGUGCCUGCCCAAGGCUACCGACGAGUUCGAUGGGGGACUGACCUGCGUCACCACUGGCUGGGGGCUCACUAACCCCAGCGCCUCUCAGACGCCGGCGAUUCUGCAGCAGGUGGCUCUGCCCCUGCUGACCAACGCGCAGUGCAAGGAGUACUGGGGCUACCGCAUCCGCGACGUGAUGGUGUGUGCCGGCGCCGACGGAGCCUCUUCGUGCAUGGGCGACUCCGGGGGCCCGCUGGUGUGCCAGAAGGACGGCGCCUGGAACCUGGUGGGCAUCGUGUCCUGGGGCAGCAGCACCUGCGACCCCCAGACGCCCGGCGUGUACGCCCGCGUCACCAAGCUCCGCGACUGGAUCGACUCCAUCCUGGAGGCCAACUGAGGCCUGCAAUAAACGCUGC